AUGAACAGCCAUAGCUCUCUACUCAAGAACGGUUUGGUUUCGCGUAUCAUGGAGGUUUCACGUGAUGAAUGCCGUGUUAUUCAUGCGCGCGGGACUUAUUCCGCCUUCGGCAAAACUUGGAGCCGGAUUCGGCCCAACUCAACGACUACUAUGCAAGUCACCUUCUCAGGGACCGUGACCCAUGAGGGAAGCUGCGAAGGCGGAUACUUCUCCGACGGGGUCAACGCUUGGGAUAAAGCUCUCGUUGAGGGCAGUAUCUCUAUAUCAAUCGUAGAUUACUACGCAACUCUUAGAUUUGACAAAAAGGAGGUCCGUCUGCAGAAUGGCUUCUCAUGCGGAAUGGACACUUCCAAGUGCAUCGAUCCCGACAAUGGAUACACAUUUUGGGAUGUAUUUACCGACGAUGAGUGUGAUAGUAGAUCAUUUCAUGUUUUAUACAGAGGACAAGCCAAAAGAGCUAAGGUCUACGAUAGAAAGAAUCCUCAGCUUAUCACGUAUAUAUACUCAGUUUCGACAGAGAAUUCUCUGUUUACAUUGAGCUAA